GGCGAGGGAGCGUUGGCGAGGGCGUUAGGCGGAGGAGGCCAGAGUUGUCGCUCCUGGCUCCCGCAGGACAUUUACAAGCUGCUUAUCUAAGAAGGAGGGCUUGCCAACAGUGUGUCAGCUGGAGGGAGUUCUUCGCACCUUGAGUUAGGAGGUUGCCAUGUGGCCAGCCAUGCCCAAUUGCCCAACAAUAUACGGUGUGGCUCUGCCCUCCACCCCAGCCGGGGAAGGGUUGUCCCCCGUGGUCACGUGUUGCCCCCCUAGCAGUCUACCCCAGGGGGCACCCUUAUGGGCAGCCCCACACUCUGACUGGCAGUUGCCUUUGGUGGGGCUCAUUGGGGUUACCUGAUACAUGGCCUACUAUCUUCCCAGCUGAUCCCAAACAUCACCCUCUUCUCACCACCUCUCUCAGGAACUAGCCAGCUCACACCGCAUGUCUCCUGUCUUGGGUGGGUCCACAUUCUGCAAAGCCAACCAUUGACCCAAACUUCUGUUUUCAUCUCGCCAUGGCUUGGUAGUGGACAGCAACUCUGGCCAUCGCAGACCUUGAGUCAGCACUGCAGUCUUGGUCUCGGCCUUAACAUAGAUCAUCAUUCUCAAGGCUCGGAAGCUUUCAUUAGAUCAGCAGAGAACCUCGGCUUCAAGGUACAACAGGAAACCUCGAUCAUCAAACCAGCAAACCUGGGUUCGACAGGAAUGUCGGCUGUAACUUUCAUUGAAAAGCAUUGGCUGUCACAAUAUUGAAAACAGUAUAGUCAGAAUGUGUGUUAAAACCAGGUAAUCGGUAUGGGUACGUUGUCGGUUACUGACGGCAUAAACCUUCCACCUUUUUCACCAUACACUGUACCUGAUACUAAACAUGACUUUACCUGUCAGGUCCACUGUGUGGCAGUGCUUGGUGGGUGAUAAUACACAGAAUGGCUACUAUUGUAAAUCAGCACUUAUGAUUCAGGCAGUAUGAACAAAGGCUUCACGUUAUUCCUGAAUUCUAUUGUUCGAUAAUGAAAUACAGUACCUUCAAGUUGUGCAACUUUUACAAGAAUAAAUGAAUAGUGGGUCGUAUCGUAUUCAUCUGGGCCCAUUUGUCUGCACAAACAGGUAACCUUCAAGUGGCAUUAUUGCUGCUGCUACCAAUCCCCCAACCCCAUGGCUCGGAAGGCAUCCCCAGUCAGAAGUGUCCUACGUAUUUUUAGCAGGGCAUCUUUAUACUGAGAAUAAUAUACAUCUGUGGAGGAUGAAAGGGUGAAUGCUUAUUCAGUGGAAAGUUGCACCUAUACGCCAGUCAUCCUGUUAUAUAAGCGCUGCCCGUUUAUUCAGCACCGGAUCACCGGGAGACUAAUCUCCGAACACGGCGGUGAACACGGCAGCCAGAAGGGAUUGCUAUACUUCGGCUGCAUGGCUACUGUCCAGUUGGUAUCCCCAGUUCAAAUGCUGCUCCAUGGAAGACAUUUCUCACUAUGAUGUGCAAGACUGAUGACACCCUCCUACAUGGCAAGCUGUGCGUGAUGCAUUGAGCAAGACUCCAUCUCCUAUGUAUUUUCUCAUUGGUGGUUGUAGUCAUCACAUAGCAUCCCUCCCAUAUACUGUUUAACCUCAAACAUCCAGAUUACCUUGCACUUCUUUUGACUUUGCCUAUUUUAUUUUUUUAUUUUUUUGCCCCUUUGAUUUAAUGUCUCUUUUCUCAGAUACAGUAUUUUGAGGUCGUACUUUUUUAAUUAAAUUGGAAAUAUUGUAUAGGCAGAAUGACAGUUUGAUAACUCUGAAAUCGGGUUUUAUUACAAGGUGUUAGACGAGUAGUUGAGCUUUUUAAUCCCAAGGUGGUGAAUCUUACUAACACAGCAUCUUUAACAUCAAGUUUUCAUAACUUUCAUGCCCAGAUCAUGUGCUACUGUCGAAAGUCAAAAGCCUUUCAUUAGUUAAUUUUUUACUAAGUUUUCUUUCAUCAGCUUAUUUUAUUAAUUUCUUUUUAUAUUAAAUUCUUUAAAGAACUUUAAUAUCCUAGAUAAAGCAAAGUACUCUUAUUAAACAAGAUUACAUAGCAAAUCGUCAUAACUGUAAAUCAAAGGCACGCUGGCCAUAUUUGGUUCAGCUUUGCAUAGAAGCAUUCAUCUUCUGGUUUAGUCUCGUAUAUCUCGCGUACCUCUCACCGGCUCUUAAAAUGGCACAGUGUACUGUACCUAAUAAGGCAACUUUUUAUUCAUAACAUAUUAGUGUUCAUAACACAAUUUAUAGAAAUUAAUAUAAUGACUUGUGCAUCAAAAUGUACUAGUUAUUUUAUACAAAGUAUAUUGUACAGUGUAAUUAACAUCUCUUGGAAAUUGCUUCUUAAAAUUUGAUAAUUUUAUCAGUCAACUUUAGCAAUGUUUAAUUGAAACUUUUGCCAGUAUAAACAAAUAUAUACUGUACGGUGGAACCUCGAUUAACAGAUUUAAUCCGUUCCGGCACUUGGCUCGUCAUGUGAAACGCUCGUCUUUCAAAACGAAUUUCCGCAUUUAAAAUAAUGGAAAUAAAAAUAAUCCGUUCUACCACUGAAAAACAAGAAUGUGAUAUUCGAUUUUGUAAAUAAUGGAGCAGCCUACCUGACAGUCACUUAAUGAACAUUUUUGACAUUUGUUAAUUUUUCAAAUUUUUUCGAUUUUCUUUUCUAAUUUUGUCUAAAAAAAACAAAAAUCAAUGCUUUGCAGCAUUACAGUAGUCACCCCUUUACAUCCCAGCAUCAUUAGCAUCUUUAAAACAAAAAAAAAAAGUUAUUUGCAUUGUCAGAGGUGUCUGAGAAUUUGCGAGAACCGGUGGGAACACACCAUGUGGGUUUUUCUCGUUAAUCAAAUGAACGCUCGCCAAUCGAGACAAAUUGUCGGCGAUCGGUGCCCUCGUUAUUCAAAUUGCUUGUAAAUUGAGGAGCUCAUCACUCGAGGUUCUACUGUAUUUAGUUCUAGGUAGUAAAUGCAAUUACAUUAAACAAAACUCAUGUAGAUUUUUUCAAAAAGAUGUUGCCAUAUCUUCAGCAAUUUGUAAUUUGAGACCUAGGUGCAGGCCAGCAGAUGAAGGCUCGUAGUCAUUAUGUUGUAAAGUUUGUCACCAUUGUAUUCAGUGUAUAUGUCAUCACAACAUCUCUACAUACGUUGUGAUUGUUUAAAAUGAUUACUCGUGAAAUGUUUAGACUACAUGGACAUUGAUAAGAAAGCUGGUUGGCUUAAGCACAUACAACUCACUGAUUAACUUACUGUGGUAUUUGCUUUCUUCUGUCUAUUAAAAGGUAUAAUCUAGAUGCAGAAUGCAUAAGACUUAGUAUGUAUUAUACUCCUAUGGGCAUGGAGGAAGUCAACAUUGUUGGCAUAUCAAAUUACUUUAGGUACUGGUGUCAGUAAUUAUUUAUUUUUUGUUUAUUAUUUUUUUAAACUCCUUCCAUCUUUGUCAACUAACAGUUGUUUUGCCAUUAUAUUAAGUUCUCGCCAUCAUUUGGAUAAAUCAUCAUGCGGCAGAAAGGAUGGUGGUGAAUGUUGCACGACAAGAAUUAUACAGUGUUCUUGUGUUUAAUAUUUUACGCUUUCGUAUUUCCCGUCCGAGAAAAGAGGAAGUUUAUGCGGAGUGAUUUCGGGGUUUUUAUGUGAAAUAAUAUAAUACUAACGUAUGGGAAAAAGGUGCAGUUUUAAAGAUAUGUAUUUUGUAUCUGUCUGUAGUGUGGAGUGUGAAGUGAUGAUGAGUGAUGCUAGCCCAUGUGUUAUGCACGUGGUGCCAUUUUGCCUGGACUUUAGCAGCUUAUAGUGCCCAAGGGUGGUAGCUGCAAGUCCAGGCAGCUUAGUGCACUUUCUGAUGCCCAUGACAGGUGCCAUUCAAGAGUCUACGGGAGCCUCGGGGACUGCCUGCCGAGUCUCCCCCCAUCAUUAUCCGCCAGGUCUGGCCUGGCCUGGCUUGCUGUGGCAGGAAACAGUUCAUCCUUGGAAUAUUUCGUCGCCAACCUAGGAUACCAGUGUUGGUGGCAGUACUCCUUCAGCCACGUCCUACGCUUCCAUCCGGUCCAGUUCUGACACACGCCUGUUCCUUUCAGAGUGGUGUGAGCUCUGCUCCCCUCACUUUAGUGUGUGGAGUGCUGAUUUCUGCCACACUUUCAGCAUGUAAAGGAAAUACAUACCAAUGAAAUAGAAGACACCGUUUAAGUCACCAACAGUACACCUUACUUUGGCAAUCUGACUUCAGGGUGAUCCUCAGGAUGUCUGAGAGAUACAGUCGUCCACGCACUCCUCCUGGUCCUCCCCCUACCCAAGGGCCUCGAAAACCAUCCACUAGAGGACCUUCAACCUCUGCCACAUCCUCCAAGUCUGCACCCCCAAAAUCUUACGAGGAACGGCCGUAUGAUAAAUAUGACAAGCCGUUCACGAAACCCUCCUCCUACCCAUCCUCCAAGCCAUAUGCUGACGACAAAUAUAAAAGUGCUUCGGUGAGAAAAAUAGGUGAUAAAGUGCCAAAUAAUAAGUUUGUGGGUAAAAGUGAUGUGUAUGGUAGUGAUAUAUACAAGCCCAGAGAUAUUGGUUACUCCAGUGAUAGGUUUAAUGAAAAGGACAAUGCUUAUGUAAGUAGUUAUCCCGAUAAAGGACGGUAUACUGAAAAAUACCCUACAAGUGCCCCUUACACUGAUAAAUUUCCUGGGAAGAAGUUUGCUGCUGAUUAUGAUGCCUAUCCUGAAAAGACAAGCAGAUAUCCCAGACAUGAAAGUGAAGCCUAUUAUGGAGCCGCCACUAAUUCUUAUGAUGCUUACGCCUCUUAUGAUGCUUAUGGUGGCGACAGGCAUGUUGCUGGGGGCUAUAGUGGCGCCAAACACGGCAUGCCAUUGGCAAGUUAUGGUGAUAAAUAUGGAGGAAGGGGAGGCAUGGGUGGAUAUGGAGGAGAAAAGCUUGGAGGGCUUAGUUAUGGAGGAGACAAAUUGGGCAGAGGUGGAGGUGGCUAUGGUGUGGAGAAGCAUGGUGGUGGGGGGAGUGCCUAUCCCAGAGAUAAGCUGAGCACUGUAGGCUAUGAUGGCAAGCCAGGAACAAGGACAAGGGUUUACCCUGAUGAUGAUCGACGACCUUAUCGAGACUACACUCCACCACGCACUGGCAGAUCACCUCUACAAGUUGGUGGGGGCUAUGGAGACUACGAUCAGUACUCUCCACCAGCACGCUCUCCUGGACGUCAGUAUCUGGACAGAUAUGUGAUCGGUGACAGUGUGGUGUAUGGCCCCCCAGGACAAUACCCACGUGAUCUUCGCCCGUCUUCACCCCAUGCUCGGCCACCUUCACCACCAUCCCCACAACCUUUGGUUACAAGAAGUUACCCAAGAUACACAACUGGAAGUCCUAGAAGAUACAACACGUCAAGCACCAGGAGGAGUCCACCACUGCAGCCUACUGUCUCAACGCAGUACCGUUCCCCAUCUCCCUUAAGACGUGUAACGUCUCCUCGCCGGCCCCCCUCUCCUCCGACCAGAAGACCUCCAUCUCCAUACCUAAGAGGACAAAAGAGCAGUCGAGAGCGAAGCUUUGAACAUACCAGAUCUAAGGAGAGGUAUAACAGCAAAGCUGGCACCUCUGGUACAGCCAGGAGCCCCAGUAGAGAUAGCAGAAGUGUUGCUGACAGAAGAGGAAGUGAUAGGAGCAGAAGUGAAAGGGAUAAGAGAAAAGAACCAGACAGAAGGCUUAGCUCGCGUGAAAGAACACACGAUACUGAAUCUGUGAAACGAUUAAGACCCGGAGAACGCGAUUCUGAUUAUCGUAACAGUGAUGUUAGGAGCUGGGGCAAGAAUGCCGAACAUUCUAGCUCGAAUCAAACUCUCCAGAAGGACCGUUCACGUGACGAAAGGAACCAACGCUCUCCUGUGGGACGCAGUGUUCGUGGAGAUGCAUCCAGGGACAGAAGAAGAGAAGGAAGUAGAGAAAGAGAUAGAAACAGGAGAAUUGAAGACAGGUUGGGGCCUACACCUAUUAUUCAGACCACUAGAAGAAGUCCAGUAGCAAGACCUAGAGUAUCUCGCAGACCUCUGUCACCCCGAGAUAAGAAGAGAAGCAGACGUCCAGAUGAUCUAAGACUUUGGAUUGAAUCUCGUAAGUCUGAAGGAAGUAAGCGUCCACUGUCACCCGGUAGGUCUCGUCUUCUUGCUAGACGAACUGCCAGAUCAAGUGAAAGGUCGACCCUGGUUAAAAGAUCUCGGUUGGGUGACCCCAAGAAAAGGUUGGGAGGAUACAAGGCUCGGAGAAGAGCUCUACCAGUCAAGAGAAAUAAGAUACUAAAAAAAUAUCAGCGUUUGACAGUAAAGCGGGGACCUAGGAGCGGUGGAGGCACUGGAGGAGGCAGAGCCAGUAACCGCUCCAAUAAAGAAAGUGGUGCAAAUCGUGAAGAAGGGGAGGAAGGGGACAGGGGUGGUGGUGAUGAAAACCGCAAACCUGGAAGCACUGCUACAAUUCGCAGGAUUAUCAAGAAGCCCAGGAAUGUAAGCUCGGUCAACCGCUUGACCCUCAAACCACGAGUAAUUAGGAAACCAGCACAGAAAUUAUUAAAAGAUCCAAAGGAAGCUGCCACAACUAGCAAGGAGAGAACAACCUCCCAGUCUUCCAAGGGAGAAUCUUCACCAAGAGAUGAGAAGCCCGCAAACUCUUCUUCAGAAGCCAAUAAACGACCAUCACGAUCCUUCUGAGAGAGUUGCUUUGUUUAAUAUCCAAGUGAUAUUGAAAUUUGGAUCUCUUUAUACAGUGUGCUUUUGAAACUAUAAACACUUGGCAAUAAUUUUAACAUCCAACAUUGUUGAAGAGAUAGCCUGUAAGUUAUAUUUUUAGCAUAAUGCUCAACUAUGCUAAUUAAUGAAGGAUAUUGGUAAUCUUGUCAACAUAUAAUGUUAUAUUUAUAUCAAGAAGUUAAUAAAAAAAAAAGCAGUUCUGUAUGUAGAUUCUGUUAAGUGCCAGUCUUGUAUGCCUUAAGACAAUGAUAUUCAUGAUGAAAAUUGUAUCGUGACAAGUAAACUGUGAUCGAGGUAACAUGAAAAAAAUUUACCAGUGUUUGACUUGUGGUAAUACAGUAGCAUUAAGUUCUAGCAAUGCCAAAUUGUGAGUUUAAUAUCAAGAAAAUUGUUAGAAUGUCUUAGCUACAAUAGCUUGUGGUGUCAGUUACUCUCUCUUCCUGAUGUGUGGAUCACUUCUUACACGUCGUAAUGUGCUAUUUUGGUGAAAAUUGCUUACCACCUGUUAUGGGAUGAACAUUUAUUGACAAUAGCUGGAGACCAUAAGAUGCAGCUAGUCGCAUUGCCACAGCCAUGGUCAGAAAGAACUGGUGGUAUAGCCAUUGUAGUAAUCCCAGAUAACCAUAUUCUAUGAAAACCAUUAUAAUAGUUGUAUACUUAGUUAUUUGAGUGUGCCUUUUGUCAGUGUUGUACCAUGUUUCUCUUAAAAUUAUCCAUUAAGACUUCUUUUUAUAAUCCUCAUUGGUGGCAUUCUGUUUCUCAUAAAAUGGCCUUUAAAUAGCUUUAUGACUGCAAAUUGAUGAAAUGGAAUUUUUUUCAUUCAUCCGAUAUAAAUUAAAAGUGACAACCCAUUCAAAA